CGGACCCCACGCUGGAACCGCUGGCGGGCCCCCGGGCGGCGGCGGCUGCUGCUGCUGCUGCUGCUGGCCGCGCUCUGCUGCCUCCCGGGCGCGGUGCGGGCGGCGGCGGGGGCGGCCGAGGCGGAGGCGCCCUUCGCCGGGCAGAGCUGGCUGAAGUCAUAUGGCUAUCUGCUUCCCUAUGAUACCCGGGCCUCUGCGUUGCACUCAGGGAAGGCCUUACAGUCCGCAGUCUCCACUAUGCAGCAGUUUUAUGGGAUCCCAGUCACUGGUGUGUUGGACCAGACAACAAUUGAGUGGAUGAAGAAGCCUCGAUGUGGUGUCCCGGAUCAUCCCCACCUGAGCCGAAGGCGGAGAAACAAGCGCUAUGCCCUGACUGGACAGAAGUGGAGGCAGAAACACAUCACCUACAGUAUUCACAACUACACCCCAAAGGUGGGUGAGCUGGACACACGGAAAGCUAUUCGCCAGGCAUUUGAUGUGUGGCAGAAAGUGACCCCGCUGACCUUUGAAGAGGUGCCAUAUCAUGAAAUCAAAAGUGACCGGAAGGAGGCAGAUAUCAUGAUCUUCUUUGCUUCUGGUUUCCAUGGCGAUAGCUCCCCAUUUGAUGGGGAAGGGGGCUUCCUGGCCCAUGCCUACUUCCCUGGCCCAGGAAUUGGAGGAGACACACACUUUGACUCCGAUGAGCCAUGGACACUAGGAAAUGCCAAUCAUGAUGGAAAUGACCUCUUUCUGGUGGCCGUGCACGAGCUGGGCCAUGCGCUGGGGCUGGAGCACUCCAAUGACCCCAGUGCCAUCAUGGCGCCCUUCUACCAGUACAUGGAGACACACAACUUCAAGCUGCCUCAGGACGACCUUCAGGGCAUCCAGAAGAUCUACGGACCCCCCGCCGAGCCCCUGGAGCCCACCAGACCCCUCCCCACGCUCCCCGUCCGCAGGAUCCACUCUCCUUCCGAGAGGAAACACGAGCGCCAUCCCCGACCCCCACGGCCGCCCCUUGGGGACCGCCCCUCCACACCAGGCUCCAAACCCAACAUCUGUGAUGGCAACUUCAACACAGUGGCGCUGUUCCGGGGCGAGAUGUUUGUGUUUAAGGAUCGCUGGUUCUGGCGCCUGCGCAAUAACCGGGUGCAGGAGGGCUACCCCAUGCAGAUCGAGCAGUUCUGGAAGGGUCUACCCGCUCGCAUUGACGCCGCCUACGAAAGGGCUGAUGGAAGAUUUGUGUUCUUCAAAGGUGACAAGUACUGGGUGUUCAAGGAGGUGACGGUGGAGCCUGGAUACCCCCACAGCCUGGGGGAGCUGGGCAGCUGUCUGCCCCGAGAGGGCAUCGACACAGCUCUGCGCUGGGAGCCUGUGGGCAAGACCUACUUUUUCAAAGGCGAGCGGUAUUGGCGCUACAGUGAGGAGCGGCGGGCCACGGACCCUGGCUACCCCAAACCCAUCACCGUUUGGAAGGGCAUCCCGCAGGCACCCCAGGGAGCCUUCAUCAGCAAGGAGGGAUAUUACACCUACUUCUACAAGGGCCGGGACUACUGGAAGUUUGACAACCAGAAGCUAAGCGUGGAGCCUGGCUACCCACGCAACAUCCUGCGUGACUGGAUGGGCUGCAACCAGAAGGAGGUGGAGCGGCGCAAAGAGCGGCGGCUGCCCCAGGACGAUGUGGACAUCAUGGUGACCAUCAAUGAUGUGCCAGGCUCUGUGAAUGCAGUGGCCGUGGUCAUCCCCUGCAUCCUCUCUCUCUGCAUCCUGGUGCUGGUCUACACCAUCUUCCAGUUCAAGAACAAGGCGGGCCCUCAGCCCGUCACCUACUAUAAGCGGCCGGUCCAGGAGUGGGUGUGAGCAGUCCAGAGCCUCUGUGCACAUGGUCCGGCCAGCCAGGCCCUUCCUCAUCAGGGUCUGAGGGCAGUGCUGGCCACUGCUCCUGGGGCCAACAGAGCCCUAGGCCAGGGGGGAUGCAGCAAAAGGAGUGGGUGUUUUGACCUAAGCGUAGGGC